CCUAUUGCAUGCUUUUCUACCUUUCUCCACCCCCCUCUCUUCCCUUCUCUCUCUCUCUCUCUCUACACAGGACACAAGCAAUACGCAGGGAAAAAAGACAUAAAUAGAGAUUAAUUUUGCAGUAGCGGACCAGAGACAAAUCUAACCGGAAACUUACGUAGUUGUCAAUGGCAGUUGAAGCUCAGCAUCUCAGUCUCUUAUCUCCUCAGCUUCUCAGCAACAGAGAAAUGAUGAAUGGAUUUGGAGCCAACGAAAAUACAUAUGGCAGCCCAAUAGGAUUCGGAGUUCCUCCGUUAUCAGAGACUUUGCAACCGAUGUACGGAUCUAUAAUUGCUGAUUUAGUUCCGGCAAAGACGGCAGACAGUGGCCUAACCUACAACCUUCCCGUUCCAAGAAAGCGCCCUAGAGAUUCAAUCAAUCCUUUGCUUUCCUUCCCGAACGUUCAGAAUCAGAAUCUUGCCAACCGGCGCGGAUCUUUCACUUUUCUUGGGGAAGAUAUUUCGUUGCAGAUCCAACAGCAACAGUUAGACAUCGAUCGUUUUAUCACUCGGCAUAUGGAGAAGGUGAAGAUGGAUUAUGGAGAGCGACGAAGGAGAUAUUCAAGAAGGGUUAUAGCUGCGAUGGAAGAAGGUAUGAUGGAGAAGUUGAGGACGAAGGAAGAGGAAAUCGAGAAGAUAGGGAAGUUAAAUUGGGCGCUGGAAGAGAAAGUGAAGUCUCUGUUUAUAGAGAACCAGAUAUGGAGAGAGUUGGCACAAGCCAACGAGGCUACGGCCAACGCUCUGAGAAACAAUCUCGAGCAAGUCCUAGCCCAUGCUCAGGACACGCAGCUCCUUCGAAACAGCGGUUUAGCCAAGGCACCGGCAUUAGUUCAUGACGAUGCGCAGUCGUGUUGUGGCAGCAACUUCGGUGAUGAUGACGAUGAAUGGCGCACUUUAGCGGAGAGUAGAGGAGAGAGAGAGGUGGUGAGGGGUAAUCACCGUCGCAAUAAUGGUGGUGAUUCUGCUGCUACUCGCAACAAUUCCAUUAAUGGUAGCAACAAGUGGUGUAGAAAGUGUGGGAAACAGGAGUCGUGCGUGUUGAUUUUGCCAUGCAGGCAUCUCUGCCUUUGUACUGUAUGCGGGUCGUCCCUUCACACUUGCCCCAUUUGUAAAUCCACCAAGACCGCUAGUCUUCACGUUAUACUGUCCUCCUCUUGAGCAGUGAAAAUGUUUCUGUAUAUUUUUUAUUU